AUGCCGGACAUGCCAGCCGUCUUUCAGAUGUCGGCCUCGCCGCCAAAACUCGACCUGGCCAGCGCCAACUCUCAGCUCUUCCAAGUUCCUACGUCAGCCUCAGCGUCUUCUUCCCUCUACUCGCUUUCUGUCAGCCGAAAACGUCCCCGGCGUGACACGGAGAAGCUCUCCACCAAGUUCGGCCCGGCAUCCAACUUGCCUGCCUCGCCGCUGUUUCAGCCAGACUACCAGAAAACACCCACCCAUGACGAGGUCUACUCCUCAACAGAGCUAGACUAUCGUCCCAACCGAUACCGCCAGUCCUUUCUUCCACCCUCUCUCGAUGCAAGCGUUCAGUCCAUCGGCCCCGACUCCGAAGGAACUAGUCGCAAACGCAGCCGUCGCGAUUCGGUGCUCGCCUCACCUACCGCAGCAGAGGAUGCGAGUCCCAACACCAGACGCGUUGGCUGGGGUCGAACAGUCAUCAACGCCGUCGGGAAAGUCCUAGAUCUGUGCUGGUCAGGCGCGUUCCGGGGCUUCUACGCCGGUGGAGGACAGGGCUACGACAUGCAAGCCGGAUCCCCACCGCAGAUCACUCCUAGCUGGCAGCCCGGGCCCAGUGCCACCGAAAAAGAUCGCAUCUUCCAAACCCCCAUCCCAGGUCAAUACCCUGAGGAAGAGAUCGAACGAAACUGGGUGGUGAUCCCCAACGACCCGGCUGACCCCUUCGUGGGCUCCCACAGCCCCAGCACACCAUCCUCCAAACCUCGGCGCAUCCACCAGGCCUCCAGUCCCCGUCGGCGACCAGCUAUGAUGCCACGCCUAGCCAAACGGACCAAUAACCCUUCGAUGCGGCCAUCCACGCCCACCAGAAGCAGCGCGCUUCCCUCUCCACGGGCCAGAGAAGGGCCCGCCUCGGCAGACAUGCAACGAUAUGCGGCUCAAAUGCGUCGCAAGGAGCGCGAGGAAGAUGCGAGCAUCAAGCGAUUGAACCGGCAAUUACAAGCCAUGAUUCGUGAGGGGAAAGAAGCACUCGGCACGACGGUAGACGUGGAUGAUCUGGACAUGGAUUUCGACUGA